GGCGGUUAUUCUUUCCUCCCAUUGGCUGUGUUGUUUGGGAGGCAGAGCUAACUAGCAAGCGGGGCUUGGAGACGUAGACGCUAGAAAGAAACCAGGAGAGACGCUGUUGUGGCGCACUUCCGGCGCGCUAAGCUCAGAAAGAUGGCUGCGUCCCAGCAGCAGGCUGCGGCUGCUUCGUCUGCUGCGGGUGUGUCGGGUCCGGGUUCGUCUGGUGGCCCGGGUCCGCAACAGCAGCCGCAACCACCAGCACAGCUGGUGGGGCCUGCCCAGAGCGGGCUUUUGCAGCAACAGCAACAGGAUUUCGAUCCGGUGCAGCGUUAUAAGAUGCUCAUCCCACAGUUGAAGGAGAGUCUACAGACCCUGAUGAAGGUUGCAGCCCAGAACUUGAUUCAGAACACUAAUAUUGACAACGGACAAAAGAGCAGUGAUGGACCCAUACAGCGCUUUGACAAGUGUCUGGAGGAAUUCUACGCACUCUGUGACCAGCUGGAGCUCUGCCUGCGCCUGGCACAUGAAUGUCUGUCCCAGAGUUGCGACAGCGCCAAGCACUCUCCAACUCUGGUGCCCACGGCCACCAAACCAGAUGCAGUGCAGCCUGACAGCCUCCCCUACCCGCAGUACCUGGCAGUCAUCAAAGCCCAGAUUGCCUGUGCCAAGGACAUUCACACCGCUCUGCUGGACUGCGCCAACAAGGUCACGGGCAAGACGCCUGCACCACCUACAGGCCCUGGGGGCACCCUGUGAGCUGGCAGGGCUGGGAGUGGGGCAGACAGCGGGGGGAAGCAGACAGGGAGGGAAUGAAGAGUGACCCUCAAAGCAGCCUCGUCUCUGCCUUUUCUUCCCGCCUGAGCCCUAUGGCCGGAGCCAGCAGAGGGCAGCAGAAGCCAUCCGGGAGUGUGCAGGGCGGGGCCUGGCCUCUCCUUGCAGCUUGCUCUCCUGCUGCCUAGCCCAGGAUGCACUUUGGACUGCCUGUUGAUGACCUCUUCCAGGGGCUCUCCCCCAACGUGGCCUGGGCAAAGAGCCCUGACCUGCCUCUCUCCUUCAGUCCUUCCUGAUUUUGUCUGUUGGGGGGUGGUCUCUCCGUGUUUGCUCCUUUUUCUGGCUGUCUGUGUGUUUCUAAGGCAUGGGUCUGUUGUCUGUCUCUCAUUUGGUCUCUUUUUGUCCCUGUCUCUCUGCCUCUGUGGUCCUGUCUCCCUGUGUCUGACCAUUUCUAUCUUAGUCCCCUUUUGCUCUCUUCGGCCCCCCGUUCCUAACUGGGACUCUAUUCUGAAGGGGGCCAGAUUCUGGGAUCCAGACCCCUAGGUUACCUGGGGCGAGGGGAAGGAGUUGCAGAUCUAGGGGCCACAGCCAAGUCUAGGGAUCCCUAGGACCUCCCAUGUCAGCCCAGCCCCCAGGUCCUCAGCCCAGGAAAGGGGAAGUGAAGGGGUUCUAGGCCCUGACCUCAGCGUGCCUGGUCUGAGAGCAACUCACUCCCCCACCCGAACCCGGAGCCUGCGUCAGCAGCGCUCAAACGAGGGGCAUUGUGCAAUCCGUGGUGAAGCCUAGCCCAGCUGGAUGCCUGGGUCCCUGUAUUUUUAGCCCCAAAGGAGAAGUGAAAAGGCCCCAGCAGGGGUGAAUCAUCAGUCCUGGGGAAGAACCCAGGCGCCUGGGCCCCAGCUCCGGGAAGCAGGCCUUGGGGAGGGGGCUUCAGGGAAGGAGUGGCCCACCGGGCUCCCCUUUUCCCUGAGAGUGAGCUCUGGGAGCUCAGCCAUGGCUUUCAGGCCUGGGCAAGUGCAAGGCGGAGCUACCAGCCCAGGCCCAGCUGUUCGGGUGUGAAAGGCCUGAGUGAGUCAGCCUGGUUGGGGUACUGCCCCACCCAACACCUUCUGUGCCCUGGUUCCCAUCUUGCCGCCCAGAGGCGUCCUGUCCUGGACCCCACAUCUGUGAGGAAAGCCUGGGACUGUGGAGACCUGUGAUUGACCCAGACCUUAGGUCCCCACACUGGAGUCCUGGGAAAUGGCCAGCCCCUCUGUGUGUGUGUGUGUGUGUGUGUGUGGUGUGUGUGUGCGCACAUCCCAGGUGUGUGUGUGUGGUGUGUGUGUGUGUGCGCACAUCCCAGGUAGUUCCUUUCUUGAAGUGCCAGGCAUGUAGGGCAGGCGCCCAGGAAAGGCAGCAGACCUCUUGGGCACUAAUUGAAGAUGCAGUCCAUGGGAACAAAUUUAACACAAAUGCAAGAUACAGAGUUGGAGAAUUAUGUUACUUUGUUAAAAAAAAAAAAAAAACCACAAACAUUAAAGUUUGAGAGCUUA